AUGAUGACAAUACCUGUUACAACAUACACACGUGUGGUGACGUGGGCGAUGACCUACAUAUAUGUGUAUGUAUUUCACAAUACCCGUUUUACCCGGUAAACAUAUAUACCGCUGCACUUUUUACAUAUUAUGUCUAUGAGCAUAGCAGAAGACAAUUUGUGAACCCAUUCAGGUCAAAGUUACCUUUGAAAUUGGGAAAAGACUCGCGUUACCAGGGAGCUGUUUAGAAUUGAUAUAUUUACUAAUUCCUAGGACUGCCAAGUCCGUUGGUAUAAUUAGUAGGGAGGACCCUACAGCGGGAUCAAGCCGAUCAACAGCGAUGGCUACGGCAUCUGUCAGACAGGUGAGGAGACAGCUAUCCAAGGAUGUGUGGAACAGUGAUCGCCAGAAAUUUUUCAGUUGUGUUCGUCGUGGCAAAGUCGCAGAAGUGGAUUACUAUGUGAAAAAAGUGGGAAUAGAUGUGAACAUUACCGAUCCCUGGGACAACUGCCCACUGUAUCUAGCGUGUCUGUGUGGGCAUCUCGAGAUGGUGAAAUAUCUAUUGAAAAAAGGUGCCAAAUAUGAUUCUGAGAAUAUUGAGGGCCAGAGAUGUUUCCUGUCUUCCUUGACAAUGAACAUCAGGGAAGCCCUUCGAGAGUACCAGUCCGGAACUGAUUGUCAAGUCUCCGAGAGGCCUGUAGACCGUCCAAGUCUCUCAGACCUCACAAUAUUCCUACAAACCAUGUAUGAACGGACCCCAGACUAUGAUGUGGAACUUUUGGUUGGAGACCAGACAUUCUUAGGACACAAGUGCAUUCUCUGUGUCCGAUGCGAUUAUUUCUACAAAAGACUGACUGCUCCAGAUACACUUCAACUGAACACACUUGAGCUAACUGACCCAGCGUUUACACCAGGGAGUGUUCGGGCUAUUCUUCAAUUCCUUUACACAGGGGGACUAGAUCUACCUAUAGAAGAUGUGGAAGACACACAGAGACUUGCUGCUUUUCUUGGAUUUACAACACUAGCAAACAGCAUUGAGGCUGAAAUGAAACAAACUAUAUCUAACACACCAAAUGAAGAUCUUCCUGAGCAGGUCAUUAAUGUGAGUCAUCACAAGCAAAGGCAGGAUUUGGUUUCCGACUUGAGAAAGCUUGUAAUGUCCGCUGUACCCCAGCAUCUACACCACCUGGUUGGAGAUACUCAGAAGUACACAGAAGAGGCCAGCAAAAUGGACAUGGCAAACAUGGUCACAAACACACCUAUCUUUCCAGAUAUAUGUUUCUGUGUUGGAAACCAUGAAUUUGAAUGCCACAAGAUGUUUUUCUAUGGCAGAAGCGAGUAUUUCAGGAUUAUGUUAAUAGAAAAACAAGAUGACCAGCCGCCGGCCUUGGAGGGAUACAGACCAAUGGUCAAGCUGGACGACGUCACAGCUGAGGACUUUGUACAGGUUAUCUCCUAUCUAUACCAGGAUCACUGCUUGGACACAAACCAGAAUAGUCUGUUAGAGGUUUGCGACAGAUGGACACUUACACGACUGAAGCUACAGCUGACUAAUGAGGGUGAGAGUGUGACCGUAUCCAAUGUAAUGCAGAUAUACCUCGCAAACAGGAAUAAUAAAAAACUCCUCAACAAAUGUUACCAGUGCGUGGCUGAAAACUUGCUGGAGUUAGCUUCGAAGUACGAGUUCCAUCAGUUUCUAAAGAGAGAGUUACCUGCUCCUGGCAAAGAGGAACAGCAGAUAAAAUCAACUUUCGUAUCAAAACUCCUGCACGAAAUCCGUACCACAGCACACACAUGGCAGGAGAAGAAGUGUGCCAAUGAGAAGAUCAAGAAGCUUAAUUACAUUAUAUCAAACAGGCUGGGUAAUACUUCUAACUUUACGCUGUUUGAUAUUACACCCGUACCACCUGAAAAUAUGAGAAGAACAGUGACUUCAAAUGACACAAACCGCACAGCACCGUCAUCUUCAAAAGAUAAAUCUUGUGUAAUAUCAUGAAUUUCCCCUCGUUUGAAAGUACAUUUAUUACAAAUGUAAAAUGGAAUCGACUUGAUGAGAUUCAAUGUUAUGAAAUGUUAUAACUGUGUUUACCUUGAAAAACGGGCAGAAUUUGUGAUGUUCAUGUUACAUAGAACAGUUGGUUUAAACAUAUUUGUAUUGCCUUGAAAAUGACAAAAAGAAUUGGGCACAAGUUCUUACAACUUAAUUAAG